AUGUUGACAGAGAAGCAUCGAAAAAAUAGGAAUAAAAGCUCGAAGGUGAGACGACGACAUUAUUCAGGCUCCAGUUCCUGCGUUGAGAGCAAGAACUACGCAGACAAAGGUAAAACUAUAACCCUAUUGAGCCCCCUGCAGAUGGCCCCCAAUGUCAGUCAAGAUAACAUCAAUCUGUUCGAAUUAGCUACACAGGAGUUAAACGACUUCGAAUCGACAGCACCUUUCCGUAUGUAUGCCUACACGUAUUCGACGUCGUCUGUGCAGGGCAGUGUGUCAGGCCAAGCUAAGCCACGCUCGACAGAUGGCACUAAAGACCGGAACACAAUGAAACGUGUUUACUUCUCUCCACCCCGAGGGACACAACCCAGCGUCUACUCCACCUCUCUGCUCCACCGACCACACAUGCCCCGAGAACGCAAGCCGACACACUUCCAGCCACACUCAAGCACUGUGACGUCACGAACCCUACUGGCCCUCCUGCUGGCGUGGACGGCGGCCGGGGCGGAGGACGCGGCGGCGGCGGCGAAGGCGAAGGCGCCGGCGGAGGAGCUGCCGAAGCCCGAGGGCUGGAGGGCGCCGCAGCGGCUGCCUCCCCCCGGCAGGUCGCGCUUCGGGGGCGGGCCUUCGUACGACCUGGAGAAGGCCUACGACUCCAUGAGCAACAACCGGGCGGCCAACCGCAAUGGGUACAGCAGCAGCAGUUCCGGCAGCGGCAGUUACAGCAAGAAUCGAGGAAGCAGCGGGGGUUACAGCAGCGGCAGCAGCGGAGGUUACAGCAGCGGCAGCAACGGAGGGUACAGCAGCGGCAGCAGCAACGAGAGAUACAGUGAUGACCUGUAUCGUGAGGCUGGGUAUCCGGAAGAUGAGCGUAAGUUGUCCUGCGCGUCGGGCUACGUCAACGCCUCCGCCGUGGCGCUGCUGGCCUUCCUGUUCCUGCUCAACAUCGUGCAGGACGUGAUCCAGCAGAUCACCAACGGACGAAGGAAGCGCGACGUCGAGGAGGAGAGCGACGUCUUCGCCUUCGUGCACAACGGGGGCCUCGCAUCGCUGAAGGAGGGGCUGCCGGAGGUCGUCCUUCCUCUCAUGGUGGAUCUGAUGGAGGCCACGGAGGCCCCCCACUGCCUCCAGAGGCCGCUGUGCGACGCCAACGCCCAGCUCUCCCUCAACUACGGCGUCGUCGGCCGCAUGGUGGCCUCCCUGCUGUCCAACGUCAUGGGCAAGGCCUUCUCGUGGGACGACAACAAGCGCUUCCACCUGGCCCUCGAGGCGGCGGCGGUGGGGCGAAGUGAGCACACCUGCGCCAAGUUCCCCUCGUGCUCCAAGGCCCACAAGUACUCGAAGGACGUCAACAGCGGGGGCGGGAACGACACGCAGGAGCGCGGGGAGGACGCCGGAGGACUCGUCGGGGAUGCCCUUCGAGAUAUCCAUUAUAACGGGGUCGACUGAGCGCGUCUCUCGGAAACAGAAAGUGUACCGGCGGGCAUUAAACCUUAUAUUUUGUUAUGUUUUAUAUUUAUUUUUAAAAAAUCUUUUCCAUAAAUGCUAGAUUCACUGACAAAUAAGUAUGCAAGAUAUCUAGUCAAAAGUGAUUAUUUAAUUCGUUUUCCUCUUCUUCAUUUUUAUUCACAUUCUAAUUUCGCUAAUAGUCUGGGGACGGUAAUUAGUUUCCUGAAUCGCCACUCCACGUAGCAGAUUGGGGCAUUAACGAUAAAUUAACAUAGAGGUUAAUUUGAUUAAUAACUUUUCUCCUUUUUAAGAGACUAUUUUCAAUUCGGCGAGAUUAAAUAACAUUAUCAUCGCUUUUUUUCUCUCUCUUUUCUGUCUUAUUCUUCCUUUUUUACUCGUUUCCUAUUCAGUUAUCAUCUCCUUCUCCUCCAUCCCUUUUCUUUCAUUUUUUUUUUUUACUUCCGCAUUUCGUGUGGUUUCCUAUCGUUCACUUUU